AUGGACACCUCUACAAAAAACUCGAUACUCGCUGGGAUAGUCCCCGCUCUUCUUGCAGUCUUCUUUUUAACACUAUAUUUCCGACGCAUCCAAAGUCAACUUAACGUCGGCGGCCUCCCUUUACCUCCAGGACCUCCGCAACUACCCCUCAUAGGCAACGCACUCGAUGUUAAAGCAGACGAACCCUGGCUGACAUAUACAAAAUGGCGGGACCAGUACGGAGAUAUCGUCCGUUGUCGCCUUCCCGGCUCUAAAAUCAUCUUAAUUGGAUCCGAAAAAGUGGCCGACGAUCUCUUGGAGAAGCGCUCGCGUAAAUAUUCGAGUCGCCCUCACUUCGCCACCAGAGCUGCGUUCGGAUGGGAUUUCCACUUUGCCUGGGAAGGGUAUGGCGAUAAGUGGCGAGUCGAUCGCAGACUGUUUCAGCAGUCAUUUCGGGAAGAGAUGACGAUGCAUUAUCACCCUUUCCUACUCCGUGCUUCGCAGAGGCUCUUGCUUAAUAUUUCCAAGGAUACCAACAACCUAUUUGAUUAUCUAGCCCUAUUUGCGGGUUCAGCCAUGCUCUCAAGUAUAUAUGGCUACGAAACCAACGACAUCAAUGAUUCUUUCUUCCGGACAGGAGAAGAUGCACUAGUUUUGCUUGAAGUGCUUACGCCUGAGAAAUCCGUGCCACUCGAGCUCUUCCCUUUCGUUCCCAACCUCCCCGACUGGUUUCCUGGUGUUUCUCUUCAAAGACACGCCCGUUCUGCUCGGAAGAUAUUACAUGAAUAUGUCGAGAGACCUUACCAGUUUACACUGAAGAGCUUGACCUCUUCCACGUUGCUGGUCUUUGUGUUGGCGAUGGUGUUGCAUCCAGACGUGCAAAGGCGAGCACAGGAGGAGUUGGAAGCUAUUGUUGGAAACAACAGACUUCCUACGCUCGAAGAUCGACCUUCGCUUCCUUAUCUUGGAGCCGUCAUCCGUGAGGUGAUGCGGUGGCACCCGGUUGUUCCCUUAGCUAUCGGGCAUGCAACCGUUGAAGACGACGUAUACGAAAACUAUUUCAUCCCUAAAGGCUAUACCAUCAUUCCAAACACUUGGGCGAUCUCUCGAGACUCGACGAAAUAUCCGGAUCCUGAAACCUUCAAUCCCGAUCGUUUCCUCAACGCUGACGGGAAACUUAAUGGAGACAGCGUGAAGUGGAACUUCGGCUGGGGCCGCCGCAUCUGUCCUGGGCGACAUAUUGCAGAGGCUGGAGUGUGGCUCGCGGCUGCUCGUCUGCUCGCAACAUUUAGUUUCUUGAAGCCCAAGGACCGAGAUGGCCGAGACGUCGACUUCGAGCCGAAGUGGACCAGUGGAGUCACAAGCCAUCCUGUGAUCCCAUUUCCGUGUCAUGUGGUCCCAAGAGAUCCAUCGCUAAUCAUGUCUGUUUUGGAAGCCAUGGUGCUCGAAUAA